CUUGAAACGUGCCCUUCCCAUCCCACCAGCUCAGCUAGCUGCUUAUCAUCACAUCUUCAACUUUGGCCGUCGUCCUUCAUUCAUCGCACAAACGAUAACGCCCGUCUCGCUGCCUCUCUCCCAGGACUAGAUCCCCCGAUCAAAAAAAAAAAAAAAAAACUCCCCCCCCCAGAAAAAAACAGCUAUCAUAAGCCUCAUUCAUCAACGCAUUCACUGCGGCCUCAACCCGAACUAUUGGAAUGGUAACGGUUUGCGCAUCAAAAGACUCUUGCAAGAGUUUGCCAGGCUAUGGCACGCGUCUCAAGGAGCGACACCCACGAUCCCGCCACUUUGCCGAACCUUGAACGGUGAACAUACCGCACAACCGACCGGCUCUUCUCUUGCAGCGGUUUCCUACGAACGAUGAACUGCACGCUCCUUCAAAUUAGAUCCUAGAGAGCUUUCAUUGCGGAUUGAUUGCGAAGCCUCCCAUCAUACAAUACCAUGGCGCGCCAGACAGAUGACCAUGCUUACGAAGGGCCCUGGGACCCCUCGCGGCUGUCCCCCAACAUGGCCUCCCGACAAGUCGACGUCUCCAGCCCUCGCGGCAGAGAUGCCGAAACCGGCCAUGUUCGCGACUUUGCGAACCUGUCCAACCUCGAAUCCCCCGUCAUGCAGCCCCUGAGCAGGCGUCCUACCAUCGAGUCGUCCCGUCGGACGGUGUCUCCUCCCAACUCCGUCAAGGCCUUCGCCAACGCCCGCCGACGAGGACAGGAUGCCGAUGUGCACGACGCAAGACCAGGCCGCAGACAGCUGGGCGACUCGAAUGACGAGAAGGAGGACACGGGCCCGGAGAAGCGCACUGGCGGCGGUCCUCCCCAUAGUGUCAACAGCCGGUUGGACGUCCCCGAUGCCCAACGUACCUCCGACCGGGUUGCCGUGGUCAAGUUCUUGGGGGAGAUGAGCAAGCGCGAGAACCCGAGGGAUGGACUUGACAUCGACUUUGAAUGUCUCCAGACCCUUAUCGACUCGGAGGACCGUGACCGCUUCGCGGACCCCGACUUUGGCAAUCUCCCCGACAGCUCCAUCCCGACCGUCGUGCCCAUGUUCACUUCCGACGGGGACUACAUCGACAUGCCGUCCGAGCCGGUUUCGGACUCGGGCGACAAAGAGACCGGAGCCCACGGGCGGCCGCCGCCGCCGCCGCGGCCCAGGACCGUCCAUCAGGGCGAGCAGAGCCGCUUCAACUUCUUCUCCUCCGCGCUGGAGUCCACCAUCCACGCCGCCGAGUUCGGCGACCUCGUCCUGCCGGAAGAGAACAUCAGGUCUCUGUUCGACCUCCCCCCCGAGGGCGACUCCGACGGCGUCUGGUGGCUCAACAUGAACAGCCCGAGCGCCAGCGAGGUCUGGACCAUCUGCAAGGCGUUCGGCAUCCACCCCCUCACCAUCGAGGACAUCAUCCACAAGGAAAGCCGCGAGAAGAUCGAGCUCUUCCCGUCCUACUACUUCGCCUGCUUCCGGUCCUUCACCGUCGUCGAGGAGGACGGCGAGACCGACUACCACCCCUUCAACGUCUAUGUGGUCGUCUUCAAAGAGGGCAUCAUCAGCUUCAGCUUCACGUCGAACCUGCAUGCUUCGCGGGUCCGGUUCCGCAUCUCUCAACUCAAGGAGCAGGUGUCUCUGAGCAGCGACUGGAUCUGCUACGCUCUGAUCGACGACAUCGUCGACUCGUUCGGCCCGGCCAUCAACCAGAUCGAGCACGAGGCCGACGCCAUCGAGGACCAGGUCUUCAUCACCCGCGUCGAAGACAACCAGGCCUUCCUCCGCAAGAUCGGCUACACCCGCAAGAACGUCAUGAGCCUCAUGCGCCUGCUCGGCGGCAAGGCCGACGUCCUCCGCGCCUUCACCAAGCGCUGCACCGAGGACUACGAGGUCACGCCGCACAUGGACAUCGCCCUGUACCUCGGCGACAUCCAGGACCACGCCGUGACCAUGAUGAACAGCCUGGUGCACUUUGACACGAUGCUCUCGCGCUCCCACAGCAACUACCUCGCCCAGCUCUCCAUCGACAACAUCGACAUGGGCAACCGCACCAACGAGUUCCUCAGCCGCGUCACCGUCAUCGCCACCGUCAUCGUGCCCCUCAACGUCAUCUGCGGUCUCUUUGGCAUGAACGUCAAGGUGCCCUGGGGGGAUGACCAGAACCUGAACGCUUUCUUCGGCAUCCUGGGCGGCAUCCUGGCCUUUGCGCUUCUCUCUGUGAUUCUGGCUCGGCGGUUCAAGUAUCUGUGAAAAAGGGCGGGUGGUGCCAAGGCAAGGCAACGGGGCUGGCUGCUGUGACAAAUGUGAUUUAAAUCAGAUCCGUAUUUAUUUCGUUCAAGUAUUUCCAUCUCGCUAUUGCUUCGGCUCUGCUACGUCAUCCUUCACCAUCAUUGGCUGUGUAUGAUACUGAACACUCCAAGCUGCGAAUCAGAGUUGAAGAAGAGGCCCGCGACAAGGAUGAAUCAGGUUGAUGACUGGAUUCAUUUAUCGUCCCUUCUUCCU